CUACCAUUCCGCCCCCGACUUUGUCCUGUGAACUUCGAGUAAGAACCCUCGAGCAUCCCGACAAUCGUGAUCCUCCUCCUUCUCUUCUUCAUCAGGCUCAUCUUCAUUCUGACCAUCCUCAUCCUCAGGCUCAGCCUCACUCUAAUGCAGCGGCGUGGAAAUUAAAGCCCAAAGAGGACACUUUUUUGUUUGUUUCUGCAUGAGAAAGGCAAUGGAGGAGCAGAAAGUCAGCACAGAUCAUUCAGUGUGUAGAUCUUGCAGAAGAACCGAGAGACACACAACAACGAUGUCUUCUUCCUGUAGACUUUUGCUUUUCACUGUGGCGAUGUCACUGCAUUUGUCCCAAGCCUCCUCUAUAGAGACGCUGUGCGGCGGCGAGCUGGUGGACACUCUGCAGUUCGUGUGUGGAGACAGAGGCUUUUACUUCAGUCGGCCAUACAGAUCGAACAGUCGGCGUCCUCCCCGAGGAAUAGUAGAGGAGUGCUGUUUUCGGAGCUGCGAUUUGCAUCUUCUUGAGCAGUAUUGCGCGAAACCUGCAAAGUCCGAGCGAGACAUCAGCGCCACUACGCUGCAGGUCGUCCCAGUGUUACAAACGCUUCACAAGGAUAGCACAAGGAAGCCUCUUAACGUGAUGUUAUCCAAUUACGAUCCGUGGCAACGGACAGCCGCUCAAAGGUUGAGGAGAGGAAUACCUCUCGUACUGCGCUCCAGAAAGUUCAAAAGGCUCGCCAAGAAAACCCGAGAAGAUCAGGAGCAGCCCGAAUUUCACCGGCCUCUGAUGGCUGUACCCAAAAGAAGCCCUCAAACCCCACAUGCCUCCAGAGCCUCGCCGUCCAUAAGUGAAGUGAAAACUGCAGAGAUUUAAAGGGAUUAUGAGUCUCAAGGUUUUUUUUUUGUAAUGAACCCUGCCAUCAAGCAUCCUUUCGCAAAAUACAGACAUGAACACUCUGUGUUAUCUCCUGCCUUACCCAGCCGAAGAGACUUUGAGCGAUAAAGCUGAAUGUAAGAGUGAUGGAUCCGGAGGCCGACAAGAUUAAUGAAGUCUCUGAUUCACAGGGUGCACAGCCAGAAUCAUUCCCAAUGAGUUACCAAUGGAGUGUGUCUAGCAGUGAGUAUGGCAAUCCUCAUUCCGCAAAAUCCCAACCCUGAGAUGGAGCGACUUCAGUCUCUCUCGUUUUGCACCUGCAAAUCAAAAGUUACAAUAUUGGGAGCAUUUUUUAUUUUUUUAUUUUUAUUCAAAUGAUAUUUGCUUUAUAUGCACCUUCAUUCACCCUAGCCCCCCCUCCCCUCCUGCGGUGCAAUAAUGAAGAAGAAAAAAACAUCGGCAGAUUGCACAUUGCCACGGACAAUAUUUUAAUGGCACUAUUGUAUUUUUUUUGUUUUCAUUUAAAAAAAGAAAAAAAGAACUGCUCCAUAUGGUAAUAUUAUGGUGCUACCUUUUUGGGAAUAAUCUCGAAGAAGAGGCUCAAAGCAACCACCUCUUGCCAUCGCGUUCGACUUUUCCGUUUUAGGAAAAGCAAGACUUUGUAAGAGAGGUGAAAAUUGAAAGUGGUUUGAUUAGGGAGGAGCAAAAGUGACCUGAACUCUGCUCUUAAAAUCCAUUACAUGGGCUGUGGAGAAUGAAGGUGAAGUCCAAAGGUGGUGUCCCUGCGAGAUCUUUUGGGGGGGGGAAAGGAACCAACAAGGAAUACGGUCGUGGUGGACAUCAGCGACUAACAGUCGAGAACUUUGAGCGAGUUAAAAGAAAACGCCACAUACUUGUACCAUAAUAUUAAUAACUCUUUCCAAGAUCUUUGCCAUUUUAUCCAUACUUCCAUGUCUUUAAAACAUAUAUACAGUACAACAUAAUACAGAACAAUCAUUUCAAAGGGAAAAAAAAAUACAGCAAUAAUGUCUUCUUGCAUAUUUUCAAUGUACAAGAGUAGUAUUCCAGUGCUUUUGCUUGAAAUGAAAUACUUGAAUAUGUAUAAUGUAAUUGGUCUCCAGGGACAUCAUGUCAUUGACCUUAUGAGUUGUCUGCAGUCUUCUUGCAAAAAAUGAGCCGCCAAGCAUGUUUCUUGGUUCAGAUAGUAAUGGCACUGUAAAAAGGCAUUAUUUAUUUUGAAAUAAACAUAUAAAUGGUCCCAAUGAUAGCACACAUUUAUAACUGGUAGAUAUGUGUUACACAAUGUUUUUUUUUUUUUUGUACUGCUUACUGUAUGUAGAUGCUUUGUACCAAAAAAAAAAAAAGUCUUCUUUUUUAAGUAAAGUCAGUGGAAGCUUCUAAAGGAUUUUGUCUC